AUGAGGGUCGAGGGCCAGAUGGAUGAAAGACUGUCCUGUAAAGACGGCCACAGUGGUCCAACCUAUGAGUCCAUGCAGGCUGUGUUUGACCUAAAACCCUUCAGGCCAGCAGUGAACCUCAGCAAUCCCACCAUAAGCAACAUCUCCUUCACCCUGUAUGCUGUCCUGGGGGUGAAUGAGAAAACCCAAAUACUCACUACGUUCCUGUGGCUGAGACUGUACUGGCACCAUGAGUUCCUGGUUUGGGACCCUGAUGAGUGUGACGGUGUCACCAGGAUUUCUCUCCCUGUGAAGCAGCUCUGGUCUCCAGACAUCAUCGUGUAUGAGUUCGUGGAUGACGAUGUUUCCCAAGCGUGUCCUUACGUCUACGUCAACCACACAGGUCACAUCCGCUGGGACAGGAUGCUUCGGCUCGUCUCAGCCUGCAACCUGGAGAUCUUCAGUUUUCCUUUUGACGUGCAGAAUUGCACAUUUACAUUUGGCUCAUACAUGCACACCAUAAGGGAUGUGAGGGUUGGUCCAGCCCUGACCUUUAAGGAGAUGUCUGGAAACUCAAAGCGUUACCUGGAAGCCAGUGGAGAGUGGGAGCUGGUGGACAUACUGGGAGAGACCUCUAUCCUCCAGUUUGGGAUAGAUGAGUGGGACAUUAUCACCUUCUGGGUGGUCAUAAAGCGGCGUCCGGUGCUCUACGUGGUCAACCUGCUGAUCCCCAGCUCCUUCCUAAUGCUCAUCGAUAUCCUGUCCUUCUACCUGCCCCCCCACAGUGUUGACCGUGCCUCCUUCAAGAUGACCCUCAUCCUGGGCUACACCGUCUUCCUGCUCAUCAUGAACGACCUGCUGCCCAGCACAGCAAACGGCACACCCAUUAUAGGUAUCUAUUUCUCGGUGUGUCUGGCCCUCAUGGUCAUCAGUCUACUGGAAACGGUCAUCAUCACAAAUGUCCUCCACCACAGCUCCAUGAAAUAUCAAGAGGUUCCAAACUGGGUGAGGGUGGUUGUCCUCAAACACAUAGCCACCCUUAUCUGCUACAGAUGGCCUGAGGACAUCCAGCGCCCCUCAGUGCAACAGAAGGAUAAACCUGAAAGCUCAAACAGAGGUUCAGAGUCGUGGAUCAUCCAACCAGCCAGCCAGACAGCUCCCCAACACUCAAACAGCAGCGGAGGUACAGCUGCUCUUCCUGAACUGCAACAGAUCUGUCAAUACCUCAGCGACCUUCGUGCCCACCUCACCUCGCUGCAGAAGGAGAGCGAGCUGCAAGACCAGUGGUGCCAUGUAGGAUAUGUCCUUGACUUCCUGCUCUUCCGCAUCUAUCUGCUGCUUAUUUCAUGUUAUGCCCUGGUCAUCAUCUCCAUGUGGUGCGUCUGGAUCAGCCAUGUGCUGGAGUGGGAUAUAGAGGGACUGAGGUGGGAUGAGGAGGAAUGUGGAACUUCGAGAGUCUCUAUCCCUCGAGAAAAGCUUUGGGUCCCAGACGUCCACAUUGCAGAGUUCAUGGAGGAGGACAAAUCUCCCAAAACUCCUUAUGUCUACUUAUUAAACACAGGUCGUGUAUUUGAUGAUAAGCCAAUCAGAGUGAUCAGCUCCUGCCGAUUAGUAAUCUACACUUUCCCAUUUGAUAUCCAAAACUGCACUCUGACCUUCGGAUCAUAUCUACACUUUGCUUCGGACGUGAGGAUGAUUCAAGGCACCACAGCUGAAGAGAUCCUGGAGGAGUCACUCGAUGUAAUGGAGACCAAUGGCGAGUGGGAGCUUGCAGGAAUCGGUAUAGCUCCCCAUGCCCUGGCAUUAGAGGAUGGAAGCUACUCUGAGAUCAAAUACCAUAUUAUUCUGAAACGCAGACCACUCCUCUAUGUGGUGAACCUCCUGAUCCCCAGCUGCUUCCUUAUCACAGUGGACCUCUUCAGCUUCCUGCUGCCUCCCCAGAGCGUGGACCGGUCCUCCUUCAAGAUGACCCUCAUCCUGGGCUACACUGUCUUCCUGCUCAUCAUGAACGACCUGCUGCCUGUCACUGGAGAUACAACACCUCUCAUUAACGUUUUCUUCUCAGUCAGUCUGGCUCUGAUGGUGGCCAGCCUGUUGGAGACGGUGUUCAUCACCAACAUCCAGUUCAGCUCCAGCCAGUACAGCGCAGUGCCUAAGUGGCUCAGUGUCCUCGUGUUACGAUAUCUUGCUCUUGUAGUUUGUCUGCCUCCAAAGAAAAAGAGCAACCGGGUCACUGUCUUCCUCAACCCAUCUCAUGGAGAACCAGCAAUGAGAUCCAGCAUCGGGGAUAUCUCAGCCAUUUAUCCUGAAAGCGUUUUUAGUGACAAACCUCCAGAGAAACUCCCUGCGGCCCCUCAGUCCCCUCCUGAUCCGGUCCUGGAUGAACUGAGGAAACUGAGCAAAGAUCUCCUGUCCAUCCGCCUCCAGAUGGACAAACACUUCAAGGGGAGCAGUACCUCGGAGGAAUGGCAAAUGGUUGGGAUAGUCAUCGACCGCCUGCUGUUCGGCUUGUACAUUAUCUUCAUAGUGGUCAGCUUCAUCACCAUCAUAGCUAUCUGGAUCUGGAACAACUCGUACAAAGCAUGAUUCAACUACAGGGGUUGGGAUCAUACAUAUAUCACAGACAGGAAAUGGUCACACCUAUCAGCAGUUUGUAUGAUGUAUUAAAGAUGUGGCGGUUAGUAUCCUCCAGGGUAAAGAACAAUCAUCUUGUAGCAAAGAGACUGUCGGCCCUUACUGUGUUGUGUCCUUUAAAUCUGAGAUCUGACUACUGAUCAUGGAACAGUACACAGUGCUGAGGAACCGAACAUGUUGUAGCUCCCAGAGGUGCAGGUGUUGAAAAAUAAAAUGGGUGAGUGGUUACCGGAGGUGUUGAACAAUAAGUCCUGUGCUUUGCAAAGUGUGUUCAUGAUCUGGAUCCAACUGCAAACAUAAAAUAUGUGAAUUGUAUGUCUUUUCCAUUUGUGUUCAUUUACAGUAUUUAUGAGGAUCAGAUGAUACAGGGUAAUGAUCAUAGUAAAAGUGCAGCUAAGCUUUUUCUGUUGAGGUUAUAUCCUGCAAGAUAUAAUACCAGUAAAUCUAAAUGGGCAUUUUAUAGACCUCAGCUUGCUUUACUCCAAAAAAUAUGUAGCAGUGAUAUCAAAAAAAGAUUUACAGAUCAAGCACUACUCAUUUAGAGAUAACCUGAAGGCUAAACAGCAUAUUUUACAAUACAUGCAGCUCUUCAAUUACAUUAAGGACUUAGACUGGUCAAAGUAAAUGAUAAGGGUAAUGCAGUUUCUGAGCUUAUAGAGUUUUUUAUUUUUCUUCUAUACUUUUUAUAUUUUGUAUCUACUUUGUAUACAUUUCCAUUUAUUAAAACAGGAGGGAGUUUUCAUCUUUGUUUUGUGUCAAUGCAGCAACGUUGUGUUAUGUGAAUGUAAACGUGUGCAGGUGUAACCGCAUUUGCAGUUUUGCAAUUUAAGAUAUGAGUUUGAGAAUAUCCUUUAUUGACUGAGCUUUAUAUUUUAAAGUGCAGCAACACCUUUCUUUUUUUAAUGGAGGAACUAAAUGCAUGCAUUUGUCACCUGUUUGAACUUUAUUUUAUGACCAUGUUUAAUGAUUACAAGGCUACAACAUUAAAAGAUCUCCUCUUUUUUUAA